AUGCAAACGGGUCCUUUCCACCACUUGAGCACCCUCAACUACCAGCCAUGGAGCACAGUUCCGUCCUGGAAGCCCGGCUCGACCUACUUUGAUUUGGAACUCCUCGCCCUUGGAUUGGUGAUGUCUGAAAGCUUCGAGAGUUUCGUUCAUGAUCGAUACGAAUUACUGAAGGAUAGAUUACAAAGUGUUUCGAGUUUUCUGUGGUCCCAUCCCGAGUUAUCGGGUGAAGAAUACCGAGCGCAUGAUCUGCUGUCAGCGAUACUGGAGGGAGCGGGGUUUGAUGUCACGCGGCAGUACCUGGGUUUCCCGACAGCAUUCAGAGCCGAUCACGAGUCUACGACAGGUGGACCUAGGAUCUGCAUCGUUUGUGAAUACGAUGCCCUCCCUGACGUUGGUCAUGCAUGCGGUCACAAUCUGAUCGCGGAGGCCGGGAUCGGAGCCGCUUUGGUCAUAAAGGAAUACCUGGAAAAUAAUCCGAAACCAGGGAAGAUCACGGUGCUGGGAUGUCCCGCCGAAGAGAAAGGAAGCUACAAAGUCCUCAUGAUAGAGAAGGGUGCUUUCAAAGGUCUGGACCUCGUCAUGCAAGUUCAUCCUCACUCCUCAUCGGACGGUAAAUUUUUUUUCGUAAAACUCAGAGCAAGUUUGAUCGGGAAGAUUGGCUUCCUGGCCGAGUUUACUGGGAAGCCCGCGCACGCGGCCGGGGCGCCAUGGGAAGGCCACAAUGCUCUGGAUGCUGUCGUUGCAACUUACCAGGCUCUUUCGAUGCUCAGGCAACAGAUGCAUCCCACAUGUAGAAUUCAUGCGAUAAUUCCCCAUGGCGGAACAUCUGCGAAUGUGAUCCCCGAGUUCGCCUCGAUCGAAGUGAUCGUUCGGGCCCCGACUCUGCCACAUCUGAAAACCAUCACAGAAAAGGCAGAAAACUGCGCUAGAGCGGCCGCGAUCUCGAGCAAUACAGUGUUGAAGAUCUUGAAGCCCUCGCCAUCGCUGUUGCCCCUCAAGUCAAACGGGGUUCUGGCCGGACUCUAUCAACGAUACGCCGAAGACAUGGGGACUGAAUUCGUUGACAUCACCGGACGUGGAACGCGCUUCGAAGCCUCUUCCGAUAUCGGCUCAGUAUCCUGGGAAUUACCCACGAUACAGCCCGGUUUCCACAUCGACUCCGAGGGUCCUAACCAUUCUCGGGAAUUCACGGUCGCGUCUGGAUGUGAAUCAGCACAGCCUCCGACGAUCAGGGCCUCAAAAGCGAUGGCACUGACGGCGCUGAACAUUAUCAACAACCCCCCCUUGGUGGAUAGCAUGUGGCAGGAAAUGAAGAAAUAA